GCCACUAGCUCCACUAGCUUUAUUUUAAAAGCGAUUUCAUUACUGCUUCUUGUUUAAAUUUCAAAAAUAAAAAUGUCGAAAAAAAUAUGUCCGUAUGCUGAGAAAUGUUACCGAAGGAAUCCAAUUCAUUUCAACGAGUUCUCCCAUCCCCACUUGGAAAGUAUAUACAAACGCGGUUUAGAUUCUGCCACUCAGGAGUAUAUAAUACCCUCUGACUUGUUGGAUAAUGUAGAUGUGAUCCUUCAGCAGUUGAAAUUGAUGGAAAAAAUCUUUCCCAAGGAUGAUUCUUCUCCAAAAAAGGAGCAGGCAAAUCCACAGGGACAGGGCGCAGGUUUCACGAAAAGUGAAAAGCGAGACUCUUCGCCAAAACCAUCAACGUCGAGAGGACACUCUGCACCUGACUCUAAUCUGGCGAAAAAACAAAAGAUAACACGUGAUAUAAAAGACUACAUACCGGUAGUUGUCGAGAAGGGACAAAUGUCUAAAAAGCUUGAAGCUGCUUCUCCAUAUAAUUUUUUCCUUACUGCAAUCACAGAUUCGAAACGAACACAUAGCGAGCCGUUGACUAUCACGUUGCAAGAGAUCCUUGAUGAAAGUCUAGGAGUCAUAGAAUCCUCAGUUCAAAUAAAUUUCAUGGUUGAUAUCGGUUGGCUACUUGGUCAUUACUAUUUUGCAGGCAUCCUAGACACACCAUUGCUGGUUUUGUAUGGAGACGACACUCCGGAAUUACAAACUAUAUCCAAGCACAAACCAAAAGUAACGGCUGUCAAAGUGAAAAUGGCAACUCCUUUCUCCACUUCGCAUACCAAAAUGAUGUUGUUGGGUUAUAAAGAUGGAUCGAUGCGCGUUGUAGUUUCCACAGCCAAUCUUUACGAAGAUGAUUGGCAUAAUCGCACACAAGGUGUUUGGAUCAGUCCUUUGUUGACACCCUUGCCUGAUAGUGCAGACACAGCUGCUGGGGAGAGCCCCACCAUGUUUCGACAAGAUUUGAUGUUAUAUUUGGUGGAAUACAAGUGCGCAGAGUUACAGCCAUGGAUUGCUCGAAUUCGAAAAUCAGAUUUUAGUGCAAUAAAUGUAUUCUUUAUCGGUUCAGUACCUGGAGGACACAGAGAAGGUCCCCGUGGCCAUCCAUGGGGCCAUGCACGUGUGAGUAGCAUUUUACAAAAACAUUGCGCUCCUAUUGAUGACUCAGUUCCCGUGGUGUGCCAAAGUUCCAGCAUAGGAAGCCUCGGUGCUGGCGUACAAGCGUGGAUACAGAAUGAUUUUCUUAAUAGUUUAAGGCGUGACAGCACACCGUUGGGCAUACGUAAAUUUCCUGCAUUUAAAAUGAUUUAUCCAAGCUAUUCGAAUGUGAGCGGCAGUCACGAUGGUAUGCUCGGCGGUGGAUGCUUGCCUUAUAGCAAAAACACAAACGACAAACAACCUUGGCUAACAUCAUAUUUACACCAAUGGACUUCGAAACUUCGACACCGUUCACAGGCAAUGCCGCACAUUAAAUCGUAUACGCGAUUUGAUUUGGAGAAGAAAUCCAUGUAUUGGUUUAUGCUUACUUCAGCGAAUCUCUCAAAAGCUGCUUGGGGUUCGUUCAACAAAAACGCAAAUAUUCAAGCUUGCCUUCGUAUAGCGAACUACGAAGUAGGUGUUCUAUUUUUACCUCGAUUUGUGAUUGGCGAGGAUACAUUUCCCCUAGGCUCUCCCAGAGAUGGCAUUCCCCCCUUUCCCUUGCCUUACGAUGUUCCCUUAACACCAUACAGCCCUGAUGAUAAGCCUUUUUUAAUGGAUUAUCUGCAUAUGUGAUUUUUCUGCUACAGAUGUUUAAUAUGAUAUUGCAUUAAUAAAAGUAUUCCGUAAACAAUUUA